AGUCGAACCAAUUUUCUCCCCUUCCCUUAUUUUUUCUCCCAUCCCAUCCUGCGACCACGAGAAAUUAAUAAUUAAAAUUUAAUGAAAUCAAAUUGAAAUAGAUCCAUCACGAUUGUAAAUGAGACUAUAACUGUUUAAACAACUUUGUAAUUUAACGGAGAAUGUGAAAUGAACCAGCAGUCGAACUCUCCGCAUAGAUGAAUUCAAUCUACAUGUUAUCCCGUUAAAUUUAGGUUUCGUUGCUACAAGUCAACAAAUGGUAACUAAGAGAGAAAAGCGUAGGUGCUGUCGUCAUUUUGGUCUAUAUAUUAUGGGUCAAUCGGCUCUCUCCAUCCGAAGUUGAAGGCGAAUUCUUCAGGAGUCAAGUUGCUCUGCAGUCUGCACGAAGACUACGCUAGGCUAAUUUCCUUAUACUUGAUUUCAUUCCAGUUAAGGCAAAUUUUCCAAAACCAUUUUGUCAGAAAGACAUAAAAUAAUAAUGUUGAAUAAGACUUCGAAUUUUGUCUGUUGGCUUGUCGCUUUGUUACUGGUAAAUUUCUUCACGAAAGUCGUCAGUAUUGAUGAUAGGAAAGUUAACAAACAUCAACUUGAAAAUCAUCACCUUCGUUUGAGCUCUUCAAGGGUAUGUCUCUUAUCCAUCGUCAAAUAUGAGCAUAAAAGUCUUUCCUGUAAUAAUCCUUAUAAAUUUUUACUUGUCAUUUUUCAGAGCCCCUUAGUUAAAGAUAAGGAAUUAACGACUGUCAGUAUGGGAAUUUUCGAAGAAAUUAUUCUCAACAUUUUAGCAGAUAAAAUGAAAUUCACGUAUGAAAUUAUUCCUCCAUCUGACAUUUUAACACUUGGUUAUCUCCAAGCAAACGGAUCGUGGACUGGAACAACCGGACAGUUGCAACGCAAGGAAGUUGACAUGUGUGUCACUACUAGUGCUCCGGCUUCUUCUAAGACACCGGUUCAAGACAUAUCCUAUCCGGUGGUGUACGUCGAUUCCGCUAUUGUAAUUCCAUUUCCUAAAGAGAAAACUAAGUGGAUAGUAACUUCAACCUUUAAGAAUAAUGAGGUUUGGUUGGCCACCGGAUCGUUUUUCAUAUUCAUGAUCCUGUCUGCAUGGAUUAUCCAUCGCAUUACCAUCUCAAAAUCGGAUCGCAAUAGCCAGAAUACAUUGCCAUUUUGGAUAUUUUAUUUUGUGUGCAUAUGGACAUUGUCUCAAGGGGAUACACUGAGAAAUCGAUCGACACCCAUUCGACUAGUUUGCAUAGUUUCCUUUUUCGGGAUUUUCAUCAUCAUGAAUUACUUUACGGCCUCGUACACUUCGAUUUUAUCCAUCCCCAAUUUUAAAACGACUGUCUCCUCCAUCGAGGAUUUGGCAAACAACAAAGCAGUCAUUCCACUUCUUGUUAAAGGCUCCAGUUCGGACGAGUUUAUUAUGGCUUCAACAAAUCCGACCCUGAAGAAAAUUGCGGACAACAUGAGAAAACAUCCGGAACGAAGAAUCCUUAAUGCGUUUACAGUUGACGAUAUUUCGACUAUUGUAAAAGAAGAAGCCGCCCUAAUUUUGGUAAAGUCUACCGCUGAAUCCUUCAUAGAUCACAGCUAUAAAAUCAACAACGACUGUAAAGUAACUCUGGCCGAAAAGACCUUCUUCAGUCGCCCACAAACUUUCUCCUAUCCGAAAAACAGCCCCAUAGUCAAAUCCGUAGAUUACAAUCUCCUGUUGAUGCAACAAGCAGGAUUGAUCCAAUACGCCGAAAAAAGAUCCGCCGUUCCUUACAACCGCUGCUCUAUCUCAGAAGCGACGAAAAUCGCAGCUAAUAAAGUAGUUCCACUUCAACUUAAAGACGUGGCCGGAGCGUUUGCUAUUCUCGCCUUGGGAUUCAUAUUGAGCUUUAUUCUUCUGUUCGUUGAAUGUAUCUUUAAGAAGAUGAACACAAAAUGAUGUAAGUUUUUUUUAAA